UCUACAGCGCGGCGCUGCCCAUGUGAGCAGUGAUUCCGCUGGGAGCGCGGCGGUCUGAGCGCGGGCGGGCGCGGGCAGCGGCGGAGGAGCAUGGCCGGGGCGGCGGUGCGCUGCGCCCUCUUCUCGCUGCUCUUCGGGACGUGUUACGGCGUCACCGGCUCGCGGGUCUACCCCGCCAAUGAAGUUACCCUGUUGGAUUCCAGAUCAGUUCAGGGAGAACUCGGGUGGAUAGCGAGUCCUUUGGAAGGAGGGUGGGAGGAAGUAAGCAUUAUGGAUGAGAAAAACACUCCAAUCCGCACCUAUCAAGUCUGCAAUGUGAUGGAGCCCAGUCAGAACAAUUGGUUACGAACUGAUUGGAUUCCCCGUGAGGGGGCUCAGCGGGUAUAUAUUGAAAUUAAGUUCACACUAAGAGACUGCAAUAGCCUGCCAGGUGUCAUGGGAACAUGCAAAGAGACUUUUAACCUCUACUACUAUGAAUCUAACAAUGAUAAGGAACGUUUUAUCCGAGAAAGCCAGUUUGCCAAGAUUGAUACUAUUGCAGCUGAUGAAAGUUUCACCCAGGUGGACAUCGGUGACCGGAUCAUGAAGCUGAACACGGAAAUCCGUGAUGUGGGGCCACUAAGCAAAAAAGGGUUUUACCUGGCUUUUCAGGAUGUAGGUGCUUGCAUUGCUUUGGUGUCUGUUCGUGUUUUUUACAAGAAGUGUCCAUUGACAGUUCGCAACCUGGCUCAGUUUCCGGACACCAUCACUGGGGCUGAUACAUCCUCUCUGGUAGAGGUUCGUGGUUCCUGUGUCAACAACUCAGAAGAGAAGGAUGUGCCAAAAAUGUACUGUGGGGCAGAUGGUGAAUGGCUGGUACCCAUUGGCAACUGUCUGUGCAAUGCUGGGUAUGAAGAGCGCAAUGGGGAAUGCCAAGCUUGCAAAAUUGGAUACUACAAGGCUCUCUCAACGGAUGUUGCCUGUGCCAAAUGCCCACCCCAUAGCUACUCCAUCUGGGAAGGCUCUACCUCCUGCACCUGUGAUCGGGGCUUUUUCCGAGCGGAAAAUGAUGCUGCCUCCAUGCCCUGUACUCGCCCUCCAUCUUCUCCCCAGAACUUGAUUUCCAAUGUCAAUGAGACAUCAGUGAACUUGGAGUGGAGCCCCCCUCAGAACAAAGGUGGCCGUGAAGACAUCUCCUACAAUGUAGUGUGCAAGAGAUGUGGUGCCAAUGACCUUAACCGCUGUCGGUCAUGUGGCAGUGGUGUGCACUUCAGCCCCCAGCAGAAUGGCUUAAAAACCACAAAGGUCUCUAUUACUGACCUUCUGGCACACACUAACUACACCUUUGAAGUUUGGGCAGUGAAUGGAGUAUCCAAGCAAAAUCCCAGCCAGGACCAGGCUGUUUCAGUCACUGUGACAACCAACCAAGCAGCUCCGUCUCCGAUUGCUUUGAUACAAGCUAAGGAAAUAACAAGGCAUAGUGUUGCAUUGGCGUGGCUGGAACCUGACAGGCCAAAUGGAGUCAUUUUGGAAUAUGAGGUCAAAUACUAUGAGAAGGACCAAAAUGAGCGCAGCUAUCGCAUUGUGAAAACAGCUACUAGGAACACAGACAUCAAAGGCCUGAACCCUUUGACUUCAUAUGUGUUCCAUGUUCGGGCCAGGACAGCAGCAGGAUAUGGGGACUUCAGCGGACCAUUUGAAUUCACCACUAACACAGUUCCUUCCCCCAUCAUUGGCGAUGGUACCAAUCCCACAGUUCUUCUGGUCUCAGUGGCUGGCAGUGUUGUUCUUGUAGUCAUUCUCAUUGCUGCCUUUGUCAUCAGCAGGAGACGCAGUAAGUACAGUAAAGCUAAGCAAGAGGCAGAUGAGGAGAAACAUCUGAAUCAAGGUGUUAGAACAUAUGUGGAUCCUUUCACAUAUGAGGAUCCAAACCAAGCUGUGCGGGAAUUUGCCAAAGAAAUUGAUGCCUCCUGUAUAAAGAUUGAAAAAGUCAUAGGUGUGGGUGAAUUUGGUGAGGUAUGCAGUGGACGUCUCAAAGUGCCAGGAAAAAGAGAGAUCUGUGUUGCUAUCAAGACUCUAAAAGCUGGCUACACUGAUAAACAAAGGAGGGACUUCCUGAGUGAGGCCAGCAUCAUGGGACAGUUUGACCACCCCAACAUCAUCCACUUGGAAGGUGUUGUUACCAAAUGUAAACCGGUAAUGAUCAUAACUGAGUACAUGGAAAAUGGCUCCUUGGAUGCCUUCCUCAGGAAGAACGAUGGCAGAUUUACAGUAAUCCAGUUGGUAGGGAUGCUACGUGGCAUUGGCUCUGGAAUGAAGUAUCUGUCUGACAUGAGUUAUGUGCAUCGGGAUCUAGCUGCCCGAAAUAUACUAGUCAACAGCAACUUGGUUUGCAAAGUAUCUGAUUUUGGCAUGUCUCGUGUCCUGGAAGAUGAUCCUGAAGCAGCUUAUACCACACGGGGUGGCAAGAUUCCCAUCAGGUGGACUGCACCAGAAGCAAUUGCCUACCGUAAAUUUACAUCAGCUAGUGAUGUGUGGAGCUAUGGCAUUGUAAUGUGGGAAGUGAUGUCAUAUGGAGAAAGACCUUACUGGGAUAUGUCCAAUCAAGAUGUUAUUAAAGCUAUUGAAGAAGGGUAUCGACUGCCACCCCCAAUGGAUUGCCCCAUCGCUCUCCAUCAGCUGAUGCUGGACUGUUGGCAGAAGGAACGUAGUGACAGGCCUAAAUUUGGACAGAUCGUCAACAUGCUGGACAAACUCAUCCGCAACCCCAACAGCUUGAAGAGGACAGGCGCAGAGAGCUCCAGGCCCAACACUGCUCUUUUGGAUCCAAGUUCUCCAGAAUUCUCAGCUGUCGUUUCUGUUGGUGAUUGGCUCCAAGCCAUUAAAAUGGAGCGAUACAAGGAUAAUUUCACAGCUGCUGGCUAUACCACCCUAGAGGCUGUGGUGCAUAUGAACCAGGAUGACCUAGCAAGAAUUGGGAUUACUGCUAUUGCGCAUCAGAACAAGCUUUUGAACAGCGUCCAAGCAAUGCGGACCCAAAUGCAACAGAUGCACGGCAGAAUGGUUCCCGUCUGAGCCAGUACUGAAUAAACUCAAACUCUUGAAAUUAGUUUACCUCAUCCAUGCACUUUAAUUGAAGAACUGCACUUUUUUUACUUCGUCUCCUCGCCAGUUGAAAUAAGGAACUGCAGUGUUGCUUGAUGUACAGAUUUGCCGGAACUCUGGGGGGGAGCCUAUGGAAAUGACAAGCUGUCAUUUUAAACCAGACCUGGAACAAAUUGUUUCUUGGAACAUACUUCUCUGUUGUUCAACGAUAUGUAAAAUACAUGUAUCUAUAUAAAUAUAACAUCACAUUCAAGUUUUGAUGCUGUGUUUGCUGCCAGAUACUGUGCUUAGAUAAAAUUAACUCUUUCCUCAAUGACCCUUAGGAUUACAACAGUAGUAUUUUAUUUGUGGGCUGUACCACAGUUGUGCAUCUUUUACUGGAAUGAAGAAUCUGUCCCAGGAUGUUUUCUGCAGAUUCAGUGUUUUACCCAUACCAUGCAGAAACCUAAGUGAGAGUAUCAUUUGGCUGAUCAGUGCCUCUCAGUCAGUGACUUACCCGUGUAUGGGCUGAUUCAGGAAACAGCCCACCUCGUGGAUUACUGGGCAGAACUGGACUUCUGGAGGGAUUGGUUUUGGCUGUUGUUGUGCCAUACUGUAUCCUACCCUAUAAGUCUUUUGUGACCAACUUGCUGACAGUCAGCUGUGACAAUCUUGGCUGUGGAACUUUCAGGCUUUUUCCCCUUCCAAGGAGCAAUCACUUUUGUCACAUUGAAAAGGGAAAAGAGGUUCUGCUUCCAAUAGCCCUUCCUAUUGAUCAUAUUGACCAUGGAAGAACAUAAAGACCAGCCUUGAAGCCUUCCAGAUUCCACAAGCACAGCUUCAACAGCACUGAUUCUGGGGAACACAGACACUGAAUAAGCAACAUCAGUCCCUGGAGAGUGUGACUCUUAAUUUUAUUUUUUUUUUUCUUUUGGCAUUGAAACAAUACAAAAUGAUGCUAAGAUUCAGCGUCUGUUCUCCAGUUGUCACUUGAAGAAUGUACUGUAUCAAAGCCCUGCAGACUUCUUUUUUUUUUUCCUUCUCUUCCUUCUGAUGGUUUUAUUUAUAUAUUUUGAAGGUUUUUUUUCCCUCUGUACGUCAUUGAUGCAUCCUGUAUAAGUGCAAGUGACCGAGCUCUACAGGUAUUAAUUACUAUGGACACCAGGUCAGGUGCCACAACACAGAACCCAGUUCACAUGAGCUGCCUGUAUAUGUUGAUGAAGUGACAUUUUACACAAAAUGUGCCACUGCAGUGAUAUAAAUAUAUUUUUCCCUAGAAUGGAUAAUGAACUUAUCUCUUCUGAAUUGUGUGUGUGUGUGUUCGCGUGUGUGUGUUUGCGUGUAUGUCACCUUAAGUAGAACUUCCUGUGAAAGUGCCGAAAGCAUCUCUGGGACCUUUGGAUUCCAUUCAUUCCUAGCUGAAGAGUUAUAUGAGAGAGCAGGCCUAUAGCUGGUGUCUGCAGUGGUAGUAAGAAAUCACAAAAAUGUUUACAUUUCUGUAUUUGUAAAUGUCUUUUGUAGCUGCCACACUAACCUUAAUGACUAGUCCGGCAGCCUGGAACAGGGGCAUUUUCACUUUAGUUGUGGAGGGAUAAAUUAUAUGAUCCAUAAGGGCAAUUAAAAGAUUUCCAUCAAUAUCACUUAUUCUUAUCAAAGCCUGUUCAAAACCACCAGUUUCUUGAUGAGAAGAUAAGGAAGCUGAUGCCUCUUUCUAUCUGUUGGUAACCCUGAACUGAACUCUUAAGUAGCCUUUCUUUUCUGCAAAUAGGAUUUUAAAGACUUGUUGAAUGAGAAAAAAUAUAUGCAAUUCUUAUCCAUUCAUAGAAUCACAUUGUUCAUUAUACCAGCUGGGAGAAGGUAGUGUCCUGUAGCUGGCAGUGAAACACUUUGUUUUCUCCCAGCAUGAUCAUGGAACAAAAAAUGUGAGGGACAUUUAAGAUUACAGUGAUAAGCAAAAGGGUUGGAAAGUUAGUCAUGUUCCUCGAAUCUGUAACUAAAGGCUAGGAGAAUUGAUGUAGAAGCUAAUUGUUAUGGCUCAAGAAAUAGGCUAACAACCUACCAGUACUACCUAGAAAAAAUUAUUGAGUUUCAAAAAUUCACUGUAAAAUAUUCAUGAAGUUGAGUUGUAUGCUAGGCUCUGGGGAAAGUGCUGCCAUUCCACAUUUUGAACUGAGCAGCUGAUAUGCUCAACCCUCCUUCUGGUUGUAAAGAACUGAUGAUGUCUACUGAGGUGGCAGUACAGCACAGCAAACUAUAACAGGACAAAUGAUCAGUCAAACAUACUUGGGGCGUGGGGGGCGGGGGAGAUGGAUGAGCCACGUUAAAAGAAUGUGCAACAUUCAGUGGAGCAAACAGUGGUGUCUCCAGCUUUUUUCUAUUUCCUGCUCCUUUCCUGGCUAUUUUUAAUUCAUUAUUAAUAAGUAUAGUUGGUCUCAUGAACAAAAAAAUAAAAGUCAAUAUAGUGGGGAGGGAAGGGUGGGGCAAGUUAAUGUAGCCAUGCUGAAGGCAGAAACCAGACAGAACUAGUAGGGAGCCAGGAGGCAGGAGCUGUGUUGCAAACCCAGCAGAUGCACAUUGCUGUCAAGUGGUACAAAUGGAGCUGGGUUAGAAUAUAAAUUACUACAGAGUUUGCUUCCAUUUUAUCCUCAUUACAGAAGAUGUCAUCAACAGGACUCUGACAUGAAAGCCUCUGUUUAAGAAGACAUUGUUCUGCUCACCACACCACCGAUUGAUGUUUGUCCAGGUUUCUUGCUGUACUAACUUUGUGAUGGAUCUAUGUACUAAAAAUAUAUAUGUAUAGAAAACAAAAGGCUGGUUUUCAACCAGUAAACAGGACUUAAAAAGCAGUAUUUUAUUUUAUGUGACAUUUUCAUAACCAGAAAAAAACAUUCUGAAAUACUAAUCAGACAAAUAAAAAGAGAGUGCAUUUAUUUUUUUGUAUCACUGCAAGUAUGUUGGAAUACACAAGGACUGUGGUUAAAAUUAGAAUGUAUGAGGCAUAUUAUAAUUUAGUUCAUACUGAAAAAAAAUUCUAACAGAGCAUUUCUUGAGUCAUGCAUUUGAAUGAUCUCUGGGUUAGACAUAUAGAUUUUUCUAUUUUGUUUUAAUUUGUAAUUUUUCCCCUCCAUGAAUUUAGGUACACAUAACUUAUGUCAUUUAUUUAUGGUCUUUUAUACCUAGUUUGUAAAAUUGUAAAAUAGCAAACAAUGCAAAGGUUUGCAUUUGAGAACAAUAAAGUAGUUGCUGUACAAACCUCA